CCGAAGUACACAAUAAGCGAAAGAUUGAUCCUAUUGGGCCGAGAUCCAUCUGAAUUGUCGAAUACUUUGACUUGGAACAUCAUCGUUCUUUGCAUUUAUCCAGUGGCAACCUCUAAGAUCGAUAUCUGUGCUGAUCUGAUUAUGAUGACAAUGCAUACACCUUUGUUAAUUUGGAGAGAUCAACAUGUACAUCAGUACCCUCAAAAUCAAUAGCCAACAACAUAAGACUCCCCGGCUAACCUAUUGGGUUCACCCCACGCCAACACACGUGCUGCGUGGCCUGCAUCUUAUCCUCAAACAACCCACGUAGCUCCCCAUCAGGAUACAGCUGCAUCUGCAUGUCAUCCAGCGGGGUACACGUCCAACCCCGGGCCCGAGAGCUGAGAAAAUGGCCCCCAGCUCCCAUAAAUACUAAAAGUACACGGCGACGCAGGUGUUCGAUGCAACGACAACGGAGCGGCUUUCAUCAUGGCGGUCUGUCGAUUCGUGGGGAACGAGGACAUGUAUGGGCUUGGGAUCCGACUUGGAUACUACCUGUUAUGGCUCUCUUCGAUCUUUGGAGCUUGGAUGGCACCAUCUGAGGUCCGACUGUUGCGCUAUACACUCAAUGUUUUCGUCGCCGCUUCGUUCCUAGCAUUGAUCAUUCUCACCGUCGACGACGUCAACAGACUCCAGCCAGUCGAAGCGUAUAUCGUGCUUCUGUUGAUGUUCGGCGCUUAUCUGGCGCUGGUACCAAUCUACAUCUGGCGGAUCCUGACAGUAUGCGACCACUACUGGAACCCGACGAGAUGGCCAAUUGUGCCACACACAAUCCUUGAAUCGAACCUGAAGCUCAUACUUCUCGUCGGAAUACUCGUUUAUCAAUACUGGUUCUGGUUCACGAGGGUCCCUAUCCUGGAUCGGUAUAAUUGCGAGCAAUACGGCUUCCUGUUCGCGCAAGCCCGGCUCAACAGCAAAGUCUCGGUAGCCAUCAAUGCUCUUUUAUACAGCUUCCUGGGCUUCAUCGCUCUAUAUCUUCUUUGGGUAAUGAUCAGACGGUCGGUUGGACUGCCAGUUGGUGCGAAUCAUCCUAAGAGGAGCAUCAGCCACCGUCAUAAAGUGUCGCACAUAAACCUCAUGCGCAACAUGGUGACCUGGUUCAAAAUCAUCGUCGCAACGCUUGUCGUCCUGGCUAUCGAAUUGACGAUCCAAUGGAAUGAGAUCCGCGGUAUCAACUCCCUUGCAGGCGCCGGACAAACGAUUCCUUUUCUCUUCGGUCUCGGGACUGUCCUACGUAUACUCUAUGUAUACUUUUCGCCCAAGGAUGAUAUAAUGGACGACGAUGACAGCGACAGCUACUACAGCCACCGACCUCGCCGUAGUGCGCCUGCACCAAGACCUCCAGCCGCACGGAGUUGGGUGGGAAGCCGUUCUACUGUAUCUCGGCCACGAAGCUCAGGUUCAAGGACGCGACCAAUCUCUAUUGAUCGAGUGACAUUGCCGAUGUCAGUGCGGACGAAGAGCCGAUGAGUCAAAUACGGAGACUAUGAUUGCAAGGGCUCGGGCAAUAUGUGACGUCAUGUUUGGACGAUAUCUUCAUCUUCCGUAUAUUUUCUAGAGAGAAUAUAUAAGCAACAAUGGUCUGGAAUCGGUCAUUCUUGGUCUUUGAGCCUCGUAUUGGGUUGUUAUGCAAAGAUAAACACGUGGGACAGAAAUUUCGGAAUGAUUUUUCGGGUUAUUAUUGCUCAAAUGGGGCAGAUACGAGAGGAGCAUUUUGAGACUGCAUGACUCUGAUCUGAUAUUUCCGAGGGCAAUGGUAUUUGUGUGAUUGAAAGUACAACUUUAGCCGUCUAUAACCAGUAUCUUUUUUGCAGUUACGUAAAC